UGGGUGCAAGCUGAAAGUGGCCACAUGCCUCGUCAUGCUAUUGAUUCUGCAUUUUUCAAGAGACAGGUGAGAGAGAAGGUGGCGUCCUGAUUCCUCAGCCUAAGGUGAAAAUCGAAAGGCUGCUUGCAUCAGGAUGAGGUUCACUAUUACUUGCAACCGAACCAACGCGGUACUCUCCCUUGCAGUCCUAGCCUCGUUCUGGACCAUCCUUUACUUUCACCUGUCUCAGAAGAACGAAAGAGCUGUAUUUCCUAACUCUCAGGUUCAGCAAAAGCCGAUCGGGGUUGUCAGCGCUAUCGACGUCCGUGUCAAGACACCUGCUGUUGACAAGGCUCCCCCUGGUGGGGAUGGAGACUUCCUGUUGAAGCCCUCCCUCAGCGGUGCUACUGUGGUCACCAGGUCAGCCACGGACUGGUCACGUGACGAUGGUACGUGUGAAGGCGACCAGAACUUCGUAAGGACGGUGCUUCAUUCUGCUGCGGGCGACCUGCCUAUUUUCGUUCACCCCAAGAAGAUGGAUGUGUGGGUGUCGGGGAAUAUACUCGAUGGGAGGGUCUGGGAACAGGAACACGUCAAGAGAUUCCACGACGUUGUAAAACAAGAUGGCGAUCUGGAGUUCGUGGAUAUUGGCGGGAACAUCGGUGUUUAUGGGUUAACAAUUGCCAAGCUAGGACGGAAGGUGUUAUUUGUGGAACCUUUAUUAAAAAAUAUACAGAAGCUGUGCAGCUCAGUGCGCGCUGGGAAGUACACGGAUGUGUAUGUUAUCCAUAACGCCUUGUCCUCGAGCAGGUUCAAGGUCGGCUUCGGGACGUAUGAGGGAAAUGUCGGCGGGACGUAUGUGAAAAACACGACGUCCGAGACGGGCGAGACUGCACAAGCUGUGCUGCUUGACGACAUUCUAGAAGUGUUCAAACUAAAAAAAGUCGCCAUCAAAUUGGACGUCGAGACCCAUGAGGCAAAAGUGCUACUAGGGGGAGAUAACUUUUUCAAAUCGGUCGACGUCAGAUACCUACAGCUGGAAUGGGGACCGCACAAGAAAGACCCCGAUGGAAGGGAGAUAAUCGACUUCUUGACGGCUCAUUUUAUGAAGCCAUAUCACCCAGCUACGGGUCAGCUUUUGGACACAAAGGACUACAGUACUUGGCCCGGGGAUAUUUUCUGGAAGAAGACCACGUGAUGAUUAUGGGACUUGUCACGUGAUGAGCAGGGUCACACGUGACUGAUCACGUGUUGAUAAUGUUUGCCUGGUGUUUUAAUGUGUGGGUAUUUCUUUUAUCAUGAACCACCAACAUGUUAGUGAUCCGUCGGUGGGUAAGAAUGAUGGAUAACUAUUACAAUUUAAGCUCAUGCCAAACACAUCUAAGGGGGCGGUCGGGUAGCCUAUUGGUUAAAGCGUUCGCUCGUCACGCCGAAGACCCGGUUCGAUUCCCAACAUGGGUACAAUGUGUGAAGCCCAUUUCUUGUGUCCCCCGCCGCGAUAUUGCUGGAAUAUUGCUAAAAGCGGCGUAAAACCAUACUCACUCACUCACUCACUAAUUAGGGACAACCACAAUCGGCUGUGCCAGGAAGGUCCGUAUCUCGAGUCGAGAGUGAAUGACGGUCCCUUACUGAGGUGGAAGGAAAUUGAUUAGAAUGUAGUAUUUCAGAAGAGUGAGUGAGUUUGGUUUAACGCCGCUUUUAACAGUAUUCCAGUUAAUUAGCGGCGUGUCAGCUUAAUGAAGGAGGAAAGCCCGAAGUGAUGCAGGUCUCAGACGUUUACCACUUCGGUGAAACCCACGAGCACGGGUAUGGUGCUGACAAAUCUAGAGACAUAAUUGGGGCGAACCGGGAUUCGAAACCACAAUCAUAGGUUUCUGACGUGUCCAGGGGACGCAACUCUGCACAGCGAAUUGCGGCGCCUUAGACGACUGGGCCACCCGUGCCCCCUAUUUCAAUGCGAAUGAAACUCACUCUCUGCGUGAAGAUCUGAUCUGAACUGUCUAAUCAGGGUUUGGGCUUGAUAUUUUCUCGGUACAACUUAGAGAACGAUGCACAAAAGCAAAUCAGACAUCAGUAUCUCGAAAAUGACUAUAAUUAGGGAGUUAUUGGUGCCAAAAAAUAAAUCGGUGCUAUGUUUUGUGAAUAUGGUCGUUUCUGACCGCCAUGGCAUCUACAUACUAUCGAGGGUAUGUUUGCUUCCUGUUGCGGUUUUCUUUGCUAAAAUUUUAAAAAAUGAAAUUACCGAUUCGAGGUUCGAAAGAAAUGAAGCCGAUUCGUUUUAGAAAGCUGACAUCUGAUUGGCUCAAGAACUCGGGCAUCCUCAGACCGGUCACUCACAGUUCGACCAGGAUUCACCCGCCGUGACCUUCUUUGGAUGUGUCGUCACAUCUUCACGCACAGCGUAUAGUAUGGGAGUACAAGAUCUGAUUUUAAUGACAUCGCGCUUUGGAGUUUUUGUUGGCGUUUGGAAGUGUUUGAUCGGGGCAUAGCAGUUCAGAAUAUGAAUGAGAGAACAUGAUUAUUUUUUUAGGUUGGGUGUUUCUUAUGAGGAUAGGUUCUUUUUAAAUGAAUAAAAGAUGUGGGAUAUAUUUUAAUGGGUUGCAUCUUCGGGAUAUUUACAAUGUACUUUAAGCAUCCUCCUUGAGAUCUGUUUCGAGAAUGGCCUCUGUGGGUGAGUGGGGUUAGCAAUAUCCCACAAUUUCUCCACUGACAAUGAAUUAUACACUCUAACGUAAAUCUACCAACACUUGACUGGUAAAAACCAGGUUUAAAAAAUACAGCGAAAUAGCAGUAUAUCGUUUCAUAUGCACAAAGAUCGCACGCGCUAUUGUACGAAAGCCAAAUGAUGCCACUUUGUUUUUUUCUUAGCGAGUCUGAUAGGACGACUGCCUUUGCUUCCGGGAGUUCCGGUAUGAGUUUGAGUGCAUGAUGGAUUGCCUUCAAUUCAGCCGUGAAUACUGACUGACCAUCAGGCAGGCGAACUGAAUGUGCUUGGGGUUUGGAGCUGUGGAUAUGGAUCCCGUAACCAGCACUGUUGUUGAUAGGAUUCUUGGAUCCAUCAGUGUAUAUAUGGGCCCAGCGGUCCCAGGUAGUUUGAUUUUUAGUGAUAGCUACUGAUCGUAGUAGGGUUGGGUUUUCUUUUUGGGUGACUUCUGAUGUUAAAGCAGUGUCAACUUUGGGAGUUUUUAAAGUCCAGGGAGGGUGUAACCCUUUGUAGUGACUUUCUGGGGGCUGAAUGUCAUCACAAUUGUGACUUCGGAUGAGUUAACGUACUAAUAUCCAAGAUAGCCUUAUUCAGGGAUUUUUCCAUUCUAGGGCUUCAUCUCGAGUGUUUUUGUCUUGUCAUAUCUUUUGAUCAAACGGUUUGAUGUUCGUCCCCAGAACGAUAGUAUUGCCUGCUCUCUUCUUAGUUUCAAUGGGAGUUCCCCCGUUUCUACUUGCAGUGCUUCUAGUGAGGUGCUUGUUGCUGCGCCUGUGGCUAGCACUAGGGCUUUGUACUGUAUCCUGUGGAGGCGGCUCAAGACAGUAUUGGAUGCUGAGUGAAAGGCCUCACAACAAUAGUCUAUUUUUGAUCUGAUACGUGAUUUGUUGAGGUUAAGCUGAGUGUCCCUCGAUGUGCCCCAAGAUGUGCCCCAAGAUGUGCCUAAAAUUGCCCGUAAUACGUUUAGGUCUUUUUGACAUCUAUAUAUUUGCAGCAAGUGAGGUGUUGAGCAAGGAUCACCCCAAGAAAUAUUUGAUUGGUUUGCCUUUUAUGGAAACACGGGGUAUCAUAGCACCUUUCCCCCUGCGUUUGAAUAGAAUUCCCACAGUGUUUUCACUGGAAAGGGUAAACCCCCAUUUAUUGCACCAUUGAUCCAAUCCGUCCAGGGCUGAGUUUUUUCGGAUUUGUGAAAUGUCUCUGUGCUUUACCCAUAUUGCUUCGUGAUCAGCUAACUUAGAAGUUUGGGUAGGAGAGUUGACAUGAUCAAAAAGAUCAUUGAUCAUGAUGUUAAAACAGGGUUGGGCUAAUAAUGCUGCCUUGUGGCGUUCCAUUGUCCAGUGACAUAGGGUCAGAUUGAUUUGCAAUAUAAACAAAAGGAUUAUGGCUGAUUGGGCCUUCACUUACCCCCGGCGUUCUCAUCAAGGAGACCGCCUCCGUGGUCUAGUGGUAGAGCGUCCGCCCGGAGAGCGGAAGGUCCAGGGUUCGAUCCCGGGCCGCGUCAUACAUAAAGACGUUAAAAGAUUGUACUUGUUGUUACCCUGUCUGGCGCUCGGCAUUAAGGGGCUAAAACAAGGACUGGGCGGCUCGGAGUCAGUAUACUGUGUCUGAGUGGGGUAUUCAUGUUAAACUGCGGAAUGGUAUCUCAGUGAGCUAGCACUAUAAAUCGGCAGCCACACACAAGCAGCCACACACACACACACACGUGCAUGCACGUCGCUAUAUAAGUGCAAUAAUCUUGGACGCGACGUUAAACCCCAUUUCACCUCCCCUCAUCAAGGACCCCAAUCAGCCAUAACCUUAUUGUUUAUAUUACUUCGCCGUUAAUUGUCUUUACUACCCUUUUGUGUACGUAACUGGCUCCUUCACUCCAGUAUAACCACAUCUAAUAUCUACUCUACUGUAUAAACAUUGCCUCCUACCUGUAUAUAUGCUUGUCAGCCACACUCUGUACAUCACUUGCUUUGAUAACGGUGGUAGAACCUAAACCGAAACGUCGCUCUUUACUGUAAUAAAGUUGUUCAUCCAUAAA